ACCGCCGAUCCGCACUCGCCCUCCGCACCUCCCGAUUCCCCAGCCCCGCACCGGCCGCGCCCGAAUCCAGAACCCUAGGCGGCGAGGCGGGUAGGCCACUGGCGGUCGGCGGCGAGGCGGCGACCUUCGAGCGAGCGGCCAGCAGCAGCGCAGCUCCGCACUUUCAGCAGGCGACAGGCGCUCCGCGGCGAACGGCGGGUCGGUGGCCAGCCAGGCAGCGGCGCUGCGGCGGAGCGGUCGAGCACCCCGCGGCCAGCGCGCCGUGAAGGGCUUCGCGGCGGCAGACGCGGCUCCGCCAGCGCAAGGGCCGGCGCCGGGGCACGGGUCCGGCGACGGUCGGCGGGCACAGCGCGGCCUGACUCCUGAGCGCGGCAACCGGCCAGACGCCAAGACAGCAAGCAAAGCAACCGACCCAGUGAAUUACCAAGGAUUCAAAGCGAUUAUCAAAAUGUCGAACAGUUUCAAGGUUGAGCAAAUAUCUUUUUUUGGCCAAUGGCAAGGGAACCUAGUCCUGAAAUAGAUGAUGAGCUUUUCAAUGAAGUUUAUGGGAAAGCAUAUAGUGGUCCAGUUGCAUCAGCUACAAAUUCAGCUACAAAUAGUGUGAUGCCUAAAGUAAAUGACGAGAAGAGGCCCUUGACUCGUAAUACGUCAGAUGAUGAAGAUGAGGCCCCAGAUCCUAAUGCUGUUCCUACCGACUUCACUAGCAGAGAGGCUAAGGUCUGGGAGGCUAAAGCUAAGGCCACAGAAAGAAACUGGAAGAAGAGGAAGGAUGAAGAAAUGAUUUGUAAAAUAUGUGGAGACUCGGGCCAUUUUACUCAGGGCUGUCCAUCCACACUUGGGGCAAAUAGGAGAAAUGCUGACUUUUUUGAAAGAGUUCCAGCUAGAGAUAAGCAAGUCAGGAAUCUUUUCACUGAGAGGAUGAUAAGCCAGAUUGAGAAGGAUGUGGGUUGUAAAAUCAGAAUGGAUGAGAAGUUCCUGUUUGUCAGUGGGAAAGAUAGGUUAAUAUUAGCCAAAGGUGUCGAUGCUGUGCAUAAAAUUAUUCAAGAGAGUAAAGGUAAACAUAGUCCAAGCAGUCCAAAACGGGAUCGCUCUAGGUCACCUGUACGGAACACCACUGAGUUUCGUCCGAGGCACUCUGAUUCUCACCGGUCCUAUAGCCCAAAAAAUCCUGAUCCUCAACGGUCCCGUAGCCCAAGAAAUGCAUCACGCUCUCAAAGUAAAGGAUACUAUAAUGAAAGACAUCUAGAUGGCCGAUUGCAUGACAGUAUGCCCAAGUUUUCAAAAGGAUCUCCACAAGCUCAAGCUUAUGCCAACUUCGGAGCAAAAGGUCAUCCAGCCCAAUCAAAAUCUCCACGCCAUUCCUCUUAUCUUGAUGUUUCCCCUAGAACACAUGGCGAGAGUAACCAAUUUACUGCAUCACACAUGGCUAAUAACUGGAGCAUUGAGAGGCCUGGAGCAGAUGUCCAAACAAGCAUUAAGUUUGACAUGCCACCCCACCAACAGACCUUGGAAGAUCUUGAAAUGGAGUUUAAGAGGGAAGCUACAGAAUUAGCUAGAGCCCGUGAUCUAGAGGAGGAUGAAGAGAACUACAGGCAUCGAGAGUCACUGAGAGUAAUACGUGAAAAUUACAUGGGCAGAAUGACUACCAUGAGGAAUGUGCAUGCAAGGAAGUGGGAAGAAUUUCUAGAACAAACUUUUAAAAGGAAACAACAGGCACAGACUUCUUACACCCAAAUAGGUUAUCCAGGUUUUGAGCAGAGAACUACACAUAUUUCAGCUGCACUUCAACCAAUGGAUUCAAAGAGCAUAUAUCCUUAUGCUUCUGAUAACUAUUCAGCCCCGAAGGCUCAUGCUGCAUAUGGCGAGUUUCAGCAUGACAGACGUGAUUUGGGGAGGACCCAUGGGCGAUAUUAGAUCUUGACUAGUGGGCAAUCGUGUGAGGAAUCAGUGUCAAUGGUGUGCAACUUUAGAACCUCUUAGCACCUAUUUGCUGUUAUGUAGUUUAAGGUAAGAAUUCAUUUUUUUUUUGGGCAGAACUGUCUUCCAGUUGCUUUCUAUUGCAGCUAGUAGCAUCACACCGAGCUGUUGAAACUGUCUGUGGAAUCCAGAUUAUUGUAAAAAGCUGCCGUUCAAUUUCAGCGAUCUUUUCUGAAAUAUACUGGUAAAAACAUAAACUUGGUAUUGGUUAUUCUGGCUUUUCAUCUGCUCCA